AUGUCCAUAGACUUCUACAAUUGGAUGCAAGAUCAACGAUGCCUGGUUCCAACUGUGCUACCAAACCAACUGGAUUAUGAAUUGUUGAAGAGGUUGAUUGCACGGAGUAGUCACCCUGUGAUUGUCUUAACCCCCUGGCAGAUUAUUUUCAACCCCGAUGAUCUCAACAUUGUUGAUAUUGUUGAUGUUGAUGUUGUUGAUGUUGACAUUAUGUGA